AUGAUCAGUGCAGCGACAUUUAAUUUGGAUGAUCCUGAUUGGAAACGUAACAGUGCAGGAAGACUAUACAAUCAUAAAUUUGGAUAUGGAAAAUUGGAUGUGUACACUUUGGUCCAGAAUGCAAAAACAUUCAAACUAUUAAAUCCACAGGUUAGCAUUGAAAUGCCAAUCAUAGAAGUCAACAAACCUAUACCAAUGAAUGAGGAAGGAGUUUUUAGCAAGUUGAUUGUAAAGGAGUCAGAUAUCGCCAGAGCAAAAAUGAGAAGAUUAGAACAUGUAACUGUGACAAUGAAUGUUUUUCAUGAGAGAAGAGGUGAUAUAGAGGUAGAUUUGAUAAGUCCAAAUGGUAUUGUUUCUAAAAUUGGAUUACCAAGAAUGUAUGAUGAAGAUAAUUCUGGGCUUCGUAAUUGGACCUUUAUGAGUAUUAUACAUUGGGAUGAAUCACCAAUUGGUACAUGGUUUAUACAAGUACGCGAUCGAAGAAAUCCAGAUUACAAUGGAAUAUUCGUAGACUGGAUGUUGAAAUUGUGGGGUGAAAGAGCUUAUAAUAGUACUAGUAAUAAUGUAAAUAAUUCAGAUGAAAAUUUUUCUUCAAUAAUAACCAGUGAAACCACAGUUACUACUAAGUCAAUAUCAACUUCACAAUCACCAACCAAAUCAAUUGAUGUCGAUGAUGAUAAUAAUAGUGCACCCACAUCUACAAUUUUGACAUCAAGUAACCCAAUUUCAACAGAAACACAAUCAUUUACUGCACAAGUAUUAGAUGGUUACAACAAUAGUUUGGUUUUAGGUAAUAACCAAUUCAUGGCAUCAAAUGAAAUGUUUGAUUCAUUUGGAGAUGGAUCUGUUGAUGAACAGGAACAGGAACAAGAGGAUAAGAGGAGGAUAAUGGGAGCUACAAGCAGUAAGGAGAAAUGGGAUAAAAAUUAUGUGAACAUUUAA